CUCUUCAAUUAUAGAAAUAUUUUGUCAGACAGCUCCUUUUUUUUCUCUCCCUCUUUUGAUCUCACCUUUUUAUUUUCUCCAUGCAAACUAAUUCAGCCAUGGAAAAGGUAUCAGUGAAGCUAGAAUUCGAGGAAACCCUACUGCCCAGAAGAUUAGGAUGUUUCACCAAUGCAACUCCACCUUCACCUAGUGAUUUGAUUGAACUAAGCGAUACUGACGAUGAUGAAGAUGAAGAUUAUUUUAGGGCUAAGAAGCAGAAAUUUAAUGGUUCUAUUCCACCAGGGUUUCUGGACCCGAUUCCGCCAUUGCCGGAUUCUUCUUUGCUUUUACCUCCACCGUCGUCUUCUACUGCUAUUGCUAGUGUUCCGGGUUCUAAACAGUUUUGGAAGGCCGGCGAUUAUGAGGGUGCUCCCUGUGGAAAUUGGGAAAACUAUACAGGUGGAAUGGACCAUGUUAGGGUUCAUCCCAAGUUUCUGCAUUCUAAUGCCACAAGUCAUAAAUGGGCUCUUGGAGCUUUUGCGGAGCUCCUGGACAAUUCAUUGGAUGAGGUUUUCAAUGGAGCAACCUAUGUCAACAUAGAUAUGCUUGUAAACAAGAAAGAUCAGAGUAAAAUGUUGUUGAUAGAAGAUAAUGGUGGUGGUAUGAAUCCUGACAAGAUGCGUCAAUGCAUGUCCUUGGGGUACUCUGCAAAGAGCAAAUUAGCGAAUACCAUUGGGCAGUAUGGAAAUGGUUUUAAAACAAGUACGAUGAGGCUUGGAGCAGAUGUUAUUGUCUUCUCUCGUUAUCGUGGAAAAGAUGGUAAAAGCGUCACACAAAGUAUUGGAUUAUUGUCAUACACAUUUUUGAGGAGCACCGCGAAAGAAGACAUCGUAGUUCCUAUUCUCGACUAUGAAUUGAGGGAGAAGGAAUGGUGUAAGCUGAUGCGAUCCUCUGCUAACGAUUGGAGUAGAAACGUUGAUACAAUUAUAAACUGGUCACCUUAUGCAAGUGAAACUGAACUUCUCCAACAGUUUAAUCUAAUGAAAGAUCAUGGUACACGUAUAGUCAUUUACAACCUCUGGGAAGAUGAUCAAGGACAAUUAGAACUUGAUUUCAGCUCUGAUCGACAUGACAUUCAAAUUAGGGGUGUUAACAGAGAUGAAAAGAACAUUCAAAUGGCAAAGGAGUAUCCUAAUUCUAGACAUUUUUUGACUUACCGGCAUUCACUGAGGAGCUAUGCAUCUAUUCUAUAUCUUAGACUUCCACCUCGUUUUCGGAUUAUCCUUCGUGGAAAAGAUGUUGAACACCACAAUGUUGUAAAUGACAUGAUGAUGAGACAGGAGGUCACGUACCGUCCCCAGCCUGGAGCUGAUGGUAUUCCCAGGAAUUCUGAGAUGAUUGCUAUUGUCACUAUUGGAUUUGUGAAAGAUGCGACCGCUCAUAUUGAUGUUCAGGGAUUUAAUGUUUAUCACAAGAAUCGUCUUAUCAAACCUUUCUGGAGAGUCUGGAAUGCUGCAGGAAGUGAUGGUCGAGGCGUCAUAGGUGUGCUAGAAGCAAAUUUUGUAGAGCCAGCUCAUGAUAAACAGGGGUUUGAGCGAACGACAGUUCUUGCCAGACUAGAAAGCAAACUGGUGAACAUGCAGAAAAACUAUUGGUCUUCAAACUGUCAUUUGAUCGGCUAUGCACCUAGACGGAACAAGAAACAAUUUGAAUCCAGGGAUAGAGAUUCUUCCCCUGAGUAUACUCCGACACCAUCACGUGCUAAAAGCAAAGGAAAAGGAUCAGAUUAUGAUAAGUUCAACUCUCUUUCAUCGGCCAAGCAUGGAGGGAAACCAGUAGGAAAAUAUACUUUGCUAAAUGAUAAUUUUGGGAAUGGCCACACACACAAUGAUAGAGUUAGAGAAAAUUCUGACAAUGUUGGGGUUAGAGGAAAUUCUGACACUGUUCAUGUGAGAGGAAAUACCGACUAUGCUAGAUUUAGAGACAGUUCUGAAGAGCCAUUAUCACAAUCUGCAGAAGAUACAUCUGAUGAGCAAUAUACGGUGCAUAAGAAAAGAGUCAAUGGCACUACUCAUUCUAUACCAAAGACCUCUGGCAAAGCCCAGCAAGAAAAAGCUCCUCCUGGAAAACCAAGUAGUACGAUGAUACAGGAAACAAGUGCAAGUGAUGGUAUGGAAUCCCCUUCCGCAAAUUUGCAAGCUUUGGAUCGGUUAAGAAAGGAGAAUCUUGUAUUGAAAGAGAGGUUGGAGGCUCUGAAAAAUUUGAAAGACGAGAAUCGUUUAUUGAAAGAAAAGUUGCAAGGUCUGGAUCAGUUGAAAGACGAGAAUCGUUUAUUGAAAGAAAGGUUGAAGGCAAGGAAUGAUGAGAAGUUGGAUACUAUGGAACGUGACCUCCAACUCGAAAGAGACAAAUGCAAAUCACUUGAGACAAAGCUCCUUGAAGCCAAAAGUAAAAUCGAAGAACUUAACAAGGAACAGGAGAGUUUAAUUGACAUUUUUUCAGAAGAGCGAGACAGACGAGACGGUGAAGAAGAAAACCUGAGAAAGAGACUACGGGAUGCUUCCAACACAAUCGAAGAGUUGCGAGAAAGAGUGAUGGCACUGGACAAAAUGACUUCUUCUAAUGGCAGGCGUAGAUAAUUUGCUGCAAUCAUAAUCUUGUAAUAGUCUGAUGAAGGAGAAGUAUCUGUCGGUUUGUGGGAUUUUAUUCAGCCACCACUAUGUAUAUGUUGAAAGAACCUUGACCGGAAACUGUAGCUCAUUUCGUCUGGCCUGUAAAUUUGUGUUGAAGAGUCUUGCUAAGCAACUUGUAGGUAGCAGUGUAAGAUAGAUGGUGAAUGAGUAGGGGUUGCUUAUGCCUGUAUUUUAGAAUUUGUUUUCACUACUAAAUCUAACCUUUGAGCAUAAAAUCUAGUGGUAUCUAGACUAGGAGAAUCAUGCAUGAAAUCCUCAUUGUUGCUAGGAAUUUGGGACGAAAAUAAAGUUUAAAAAGAGUACCUCAGUCGUGCCAUGCCUGGCGUCCAGCCUAGGCAUGCACGCUGUGUGUCAAGUUAUGCUUGCCUCGUCUUGCUCUCAUGGAUUUACCAUUGAUUUAUUUUGAUAAAGGUUGUGAUUGCCUAGGGCCUGUUUGUUAUUG